UGGUUCACUUGCGCUGCGAAUCAACCCUAGACAAGAUGAGCUACAUUGCCCGCCGAGGUCUCUCGACCUUGAUUCCCCCCAAGGUCGCUUCUCCUAACGCCAUCGGUGCCGCCCAGGAUGCCGCCCGCAUGGAGCGUGUUGUGACCUUCUACGCUGGUCUUCCCCGCGGCCCUGCUGCUGCUGUCAAGCCCACCGGCCUCAUCGGUCGCUACCAGGCCCGCUACUUCAGCGGCAAGAACGCUUCUGCUGCUCCCCUUGUCCACGCUAUCGCCGGUAUCUUGAUCCUCGGUUACAGCAUGGAGUACUACUUCCACCUGCGGCUUUUGCAGAGCCCAAGCAAGGUCGACCCUCAGCUUCAACCCGAGUUGGCUCUUGAAUCUCGUAUCAUCCUCCUAUCUUUGUAUCAUCAACCGCCCUUACGCCGAAUACCCUCCUCUUUACCCUACUCCCUUUUUUGGGACAUCUCGGGCCGCGGUAUAUCCCAAGACCUCCGCGCCUAUCGAUUCCGCGAUCGUGCUCUCCACAUCGAGCCCAACUUGACACGCCGGACUUCCAUCAGCUUUCGAGAGUGUAUGUCUUUUGGGGAACCUGGCAUGUUUGAUCUGCGGCUGCCUGUUACCUCCCCGGAUCCAUCCUCCCACCGCCAGGGCACUAGGCUUACAUGGUCGCAAAUGCGAUAUAAAACAGAAUCGAGUAUUGUUAUGGCAGAGCAGAGCAGCCGCGAUGUGGUAGAUCAGACCCUGUCGGGCGGCGAGCCUUCGCCUUCCGACGUUCCUGCGAGCACCAACGACAACCUAUCUGCUGGAGGGGACGCAGGGAAGACUGAACAUAUCGCAAUGAACACCACUAAAUCAACCAACUCGAACUUGAAUGAUCAGCAGAACCAUGACACAAUGAAAUCGUUUGAUUCCCCGGGAGGAGAAGCUGCUGGAGACAAGAACGCAGGAAACUCAACGACGGAUAUCUCUAAGCAAGGUGCUGGAAUUGUUGCGACCAGAGUCCUUGAACUUAACGGGCUGGCUUCAGGAUCGGACGGCGGAGAUGAUACUGCAUCACAAGGUGGUUCGGAAUCGGAUGCAAGUCGUUCAGACAGCAAGAAUCAGCCGCGUAGCAGUUCUGUCAAAAAACCAUCAGGGUUCAAGCCUGUUUCAUUUGCCAAGUUCUCGGUAAACAAGGUACCGGGAGCUCCAACACCACCCAAGGUGCCUGAGAAAGCGCCAUCAACGUCAACAACGCCGCUCGGUACUCCCCAGCUAAGCUCCCGACCGCGCUUGGUUGCAAAGACCACCCUCGGGAUGCGUGACUCGUUUUCUAAGACUGGGGCUGCCGGAGGCAAACUUGGUGGGACAGGGCCUGAUCCGAAUCAAGUUUGGAACAAAAAUCGACCCGUCGCGCCCGCUCCGCCAAAGCAUUUGACCGAUGAAGAGCUGAAACAACAAUAUGGAAUUCAUAUGACCUCUCGCAUCCAAGAAGAUGGGGCCGUUAGCUCCGAAGCGAAGUGGGCGGAUAUUGACGACGAUGAAGAUGACUGGGCUCCUGAGACAAUUGAAUGGACAGACGGAACUAAGGUCAAUCUCACUCAACCGCAUAAUGAUCCCCCGCCGGCUCCUAUUCAUCAGGAGCCCAAAGAGCUACCACCCGUGGAGCCAAGAAUUGCAAAGGAGCCUCCCAAACUUGCACCGAAGUCAACUCCAUCGAUGGGGCCAAAUGCUCUCGUCUUCAAAGUUGGAUUGGGGGCCGAACGGCAAGCUAGAACUGCGAGUGCUUCCUCCAAAGGUACAAACGACAAAAUCCCGUCCAGCUCUACAAGCCCAGCGCCGCCAUCCAAGUCUCCCUGGGCUACUUUGCCGCCUGUUGAAAGAGUAUCUCCAAUCAAUGCCCCGGUGCAACCUCACCAGCAGCGUAUGCCCGUAAGAUAUCACCAGAGAGAUGACGGCCACCAUGCAUCAAUGCCAAUACCACCUAAGGAGAUUGCAGCGGAUGAUUUCAACCGUGCAUGGAAAGAACCCCACUCAGAUUUGCCAAGAGAACUUUUCAAUCCUCGAUCUGCUCAGUACGAGCCAGUGGCAGAUACUAGGAGAGGAUCAUGGCGUCACGACCAACACCAUCGUGCUCCUGCGGUCUUGCAGAGACCGAAUGAUCACCCAAGUGGACAGGCAGAGCCAUCUGCUGCAUUCCAAACGCACAGGUCUAGCCAUCAAGAUGGCAUGGGCUGGGGCAAUCGUCGCCGCACAUCAUCCAACGUGAGCGGUGGAAGCGGAGGAUUUGCCCGUAGGAUGUCAAUUGGACGAUUUGAUGCCCCUCCAAGAUACAACGACGCUCGAAGAGGCUCUCAGGUGAACGGGUUGGGAGAUCCAGCAUUAAUGAGUCACGAGCAGCACCAUGGUAAAGAUGAGAUUCCUAAUUCUGCACCAAACGGCGCGGCACAUCCCGCUAUCAAUGUAGGUAUGUCCCCUGUGGAGACACAGGCAGCAGUUCCUCAGGCUUUCCAAGAACCUCAAGAAGAUCCUGUUGCUCUGCAAGAGCGUAUAAUGAAGGAAAAACGUCUAGAGGCGAGGCAACGAAGAAUUGAGCAGGAGGAGAAAGAAGAAGCGGCCAAAAAGGAGAGGAUUAGGCAACGCCUUGCGGCAAUGGGUCCUGCACCAGAGAAGAAGGCUCCGGAACCUCGCAAACCUGCCCCUCCUCCAUCACAGCCUCUACCUCAGUCUCAACCUCACCAUCCUCCACAAACCCCCUCUCAACUUCCUCAUCAACCCAUCUCUUCUAUUUCUUCGCCUCCUAAACCUCCUGUCCCAGAACCUACUGGUGAACCCAAAGAAUGGGGUUUGAUCAAGGUGCAUCAUCCAGAUACCGUCAAGAAAUUCACUGAUGCGCAUGAUCGAACCUCUGAAAACAAACACUUCAACCGACGUGUCUCUUCACCCCACCAAGAUCCUCAGCGUGACCCUGCUCUUGCAUCUGCCAUCCACUUCAAUACUGAAUCAGCCUCACCUGUCCAGAGCAAAUCAUCUGAUACAAAAUUAGAUGAGCAGCACGGCCCUCAGUGGCAGGGAAACUUGAACGUCUCCACAUCACCGUGGUCUCAUCCCAGCAUCGCUACGACUUCUCAGCCAGUCAAAAAUCCUUGGAAACCAUUUGGCUCUGACCACCCUCCCACUCUCGGGAACGGCAUCUUUGAUCAACCUCUCGGGGGUUUCCCGUCUCAUGAGCAUUCUCUACGUCAACUGGGUUUAGAUCAACCAGCGAUGCCUACUCCUCCCAAAUUCUCUGCUCCUCAGGAGCCAACUGUCUCUCUGCCGUCAUCUGAGGCACGCCAUCCCUCAUUUGGACAGCUGAACCCAAUUGGUCGCCCCGGCCCAAUCGGGUCACGGAACGCCCAGGACAAAUCUGCUGUUCAAAAUUGGCAACGUUACACCGUGACCGCUCCUCAGAAGGAGUCCGAGGACCGUAAGAAGUUUCUCGAGAAAAUCAACGAGAGGCGCAACCAGCCACCCCGCCAGAUUCAGUUUGAAACGACUUGGACAAAAAUAAGCGUGGAUGACAAGGGCCACCGACAUAAAGGCAAGAUCGAACAACAGGUGGUCAACAACGACGAGGAGAUCGCCAAAGCGAUCGCGAAACAGCAAUCAAAUCCACUUACAAGCCUCGAUACUCCUGUGGAUGGUCUCCCUGUGACUGAUAUCGGUGUUCGUCCAUCUGCCAGUGUUCCUACACGCAGCUCCCGAUUUUUCCCCUCAGCAUCCGAACAGACGAAGCGCCAAGUUGAAAAAGAACGAAGCAGUCCUUCGCCACCUCCCCCAGAAGAAGUGUCAAGUCACCCCGUUUAUUCCGGAAUUCAUGACCGACCCAAUGUUCAGUUACCAGGUCCUAAACCUGUUGUGAAGCUUCCACCAAAGAUCCUGCGCCAUCCGCGGAAUGCAGGACCUCCUCCUUCGACUGCUCAGUCGUGGCAGGACAAGAUCAACUGUCUCUUCGGCAAGACUACUUCGACCGAGAAAAGGAAUGUCUUGGCUGUGACAUCUGCCACUAAAGAGCCACUGUCCGUUCAUACCGCGCCAGUCUCCGUCUCUAUCCCUCAUACCAGGAUUAGUCCCCAGACUGGCGAUGGCGAUCUUGCCGUUCGACAAGUCAAUGAACAGGAUGAGAUGUUUGAAGACCGCGAGCCCGGCUCUUUGCCUGCCGUCCGUGUGCCAAACAUGGCACCCCAGAACUCUUGGAGCGCAACUCGACCAUCAGAGAGAGCCCGGGGUAAGAACAUCAAACCCGUGCUAUCACAGACCGUCCAGCCUUUCUGGGUUGGAUACAAUGAUCGUGAUAACCAUGGCAAUACCCGCGUUUCGGUCUUUCUUCCCGGCGCAGAUGAACCCAAAACCGUUUUCAUUCAACGCAAGUUCGGUGCCGCUCCCUCUCGAGGCCGCAACACGAAUAAUAACAACAACGCUAAGCCCCGCAAGUUGACCAACAACAAGUCCGGUGAAGCUUCCGGCGGUAGCUUUAGAAAGCCUGCCUUCAAUAAACCCACCUCGCGACAGCAGCCACGCGCGUUGUCGACCUGGUAA